AUGUCUCGUCAAACGUACUUGAGCAGUCUGGACAUUGACUCAGCUCCAGUCUCGUCAACAAUCACAGAGCACUAUCCCUGGCAGAAGACCUUGUACGAUGUUGGUAUCUUCAAGGAUUGUAUCUAUCCAUCACUUGCCCUUCAUGGUGGUCUCUCCGUCGUCGCAUAUGGUCUUGGCCGACUGAACAACAAGGUCGAGACAAAGGAUUUCAUAUGGGCUACUGCUCCAAUCAUCAACGCAUGGUGGGGUGCAGUUGGUCGACGUGUGUUCCAGCGAGGUAUCCCCAUGACUCAGGCUCUCGGUGCUCUCUCUCGACCAGAACGACUUAUUCUCGGUGGUGUGACUUUGUGGGGUGGCAGACUCUUCACCCGCAUCUUCACCAGGUCACGAAGACGAGGCAAGGACAACCCACUUUAUGAUGAGAUGAAGUCUGAGCCUGGGUUCUGGAACAAAGCUUUGUUCAGCACCUACUUGCCAGAGGCACUCUUCCAAGUCCUUAUCACGUUACCAAUGACAGCACCUUUCUACCACCAGGGUGCUGUCCUGAGUGGCUACCACCCAUAUAUGCAAUCGAUUGCUGUCGGACUCUUCUUUACAGGAUUUGCUUUGGAGACUCUUGCCGACAGGCAAUUGGACGAGCAUAAGGAGACCUCCCUUGAUGAGCACUCUAUGCUGAAGGACGGCGUCUGGAGCUUGUGCCGUCAUCCUAACUAUCUCGGCGACGCCCUCGUCCACUUCUCCUUCCCCCUCCUCCUCUACGCAUCCGACAUGCUCGCACCCAUCGAGCUCCUCGGCUCCGUUGCCAACUACGCCUUCCUCCGCUACCUCGGCGGCGACAAAGCCACCGAGUCGUCCCAGGAACGACGAUACUCAGUCUCCAGCUCCGAGAAGCACGCUGAUCUGCAAAAGUAUCGAAAUGAGAAACACGCUUUCUGGCCUGAUUUCACCAAGGAGUAUGAUAAUCGAUGGUUGUGGAGAGUGCUUGGUGCUGGGGCUGCUGGUGCGGUUAUUGAGCAGGCUAUUCAUACUUAUUUGUAG